ACCCCAGACUGCCUCCGGAUCCUCUCCAUACUCCCAGGAUCCACUGUUGAGACAUUCAGUAUCUAAGUAUCCGUAGGUCGCCAUUGUCAUUCUGAACGUUGAGCUCGACGGAUAUGUCGGAAAAAUCGCUUAAAGUAUCCACGAGACAGCCAUGGUUCCCAGGAUCACAACGAUGUCAAGAAUGUGACCCAAUAGGGCUUGAAACUGGAUGCACACUAGAUCGAAACGGCUGGAACUCGGUCGAGCCGUCCAGUGCAGAAGAGUCACACGAGUCUUAUGUCUAUUCACUGCUGCGGCACCAUCCGUUGUCUAUAUAAACCCGCUCUAAACUGUUUCUUUUGCCCUCAUUACCAUCAUCUCACUGUUGUCGACUACGAACGUCACAGAACUUAAACCUUUACUCCGGUUAUCCUAAGCACCAUGACUCGUACUGAGCGUGCUUCAUACCCACGGGCUCUCAGAAAGGACCGCUCAGAGCCCAAGAACGCGAUGAACAAGCGCAUUCCCAAGCAGGGUGCUGGUCCACAUAACUGGGGCGCUAUCGACGACCAGCUUGAACUCGAAUCUGCUGCAGAGGCAGACGAAGAAGUCGAGCUCGAACGAGAAGGCGGUAUGUACAAUUUCGAACUCCAUUCAACUUUCACACGACUUCGUAUUGACUCCUAUCUUGCAGUUAAACCUGGAGAGGCUAGCGAGGAAGUUCCAAGGCCGUCUUCCGUCGGUUCACGCCGGGCGAGCUCUGGAUCUCUGACGGACGAGGAGAGGGAGAAAGCCAGACUGACGAGACUGCACGCUAUGGCGAGGGACGACAUUGACCUGAACACCAUCGCACGAACAUCUAGUGUUGUUUCCACCUCCCCUCCUACCAGUAUACCCGUUGUCAGUGGUAACAGCACUGGCGCUUUGAAGCUUGACUAAUUUAUUGUGGACAAUGUAUAGAAACCGAGAAAUAAUUGUUGUAUAUUGUCAUUAACAUUUGUACAGUAACGUCGCAAAGUCUUUGCGUCUCAAUGUUGUAUAUGUAAUCGAAUGGGAAACAGUCUAGCAGCGUCGUCAGCUUUCGGAU